AUGGCAACCCUUUGGCAUGGAAACAGUUGCCCUACCAACACGAUCCGUAACAUGCACAGCGAAUCGCUGGAUGCUGCUGCAAAAAACCAGCCGUCUUUUUCUCCAGGUGUAUGUAAAAAGCGCGAAAAAGAGGAACAAUCGGCGAGUUUAAGACCUGAAUUAAGCCCGGAUAAGAAUCCGGAAGGCAUUUUUGGGGGCAGAGCUUUCAAGAAGCGUGAAAAACAAAGGUUGUUGCAGAAAAGAGUGUGCAUACAGUACGCAUAUAAUACGCAUAUAAUACGCAUACAAUACGCAUAUACCAUGUCAAAUAAGCAGAAAAAACGGACAGAGAGCAUCCCAAAAAUGGUGUCAAUGACGCACAGAAAAUGGCCUCACGCACCAAUGCGGGUUUCACCGAAAAUAGAGUUUGAUAGUGCAGCAAAACACAUGCACGAUCGGAUGCUGUAUCUUUUUAUCAAUAUUGUGGGACGUAUUAUAUCUGUUUCUCUUAAGAAUGGUGUUCGUUAUAAAGGCAUUCUUGGAUCCGUUAAUACUGAAUCAGAUAUGGGUCUUGUUCUUAAGAUGGCUGUGCUUGUUGAUUCGGUGCAGCUGGACAGUUUAAAUCAAUCAAAUGUGCCUCAACAUCGUAUUAUUGAUGAAUUAAUUAUUCUUCCGCGUGAUCUUAUGCAAAUUCAAGUGGAACGUGUUAAUUUUAGUGAUACUGUUCAUCAAGAGCAGAGAUUUCAGACAGAUUCUGAAAUAAGCGGGAAAUUUGAAUUUAAGGAACGGGAAUUGCAUAAAUGGGUGCCUUCCAGCAAUGAUACAGCAGGAUUUGGGCCUUUGGAGGAUCCGACCCAGGUAUCGUCGAGUGCUGAGGUUUGGGAUCAGUUUGCAGCAAAUGAGAUGCUUUUUGGUGUUAAGUCUGAAUUUGAUGAAGAUUUUUAUACAACAAAAGUGGACAAAUCUCAUCCUUCGUACAAGAAAAGAGAAGCAGAAGCUACACGUAUUGCAAAGGAAAUACAUCAGUCUUCAACGAACAAUAUUCAUGUUGCUGAAGAGCGCGGGUUUAUACAGACGGAUAUUAGUGAAGAAGCAAUGUAUAGUGGUGUUUUUAGGCCUAGUUCAGAAAAUGAGUCUUCCGAAAAUGCAAAAGAGGCGAAUAUUGCUUCUAUUGCAUCAGGAAAUCAUACUUCUGUACAUUCUCAAACAAUCAAUGCUGAGACAGAUGCGCCAAAGCAAAGCCCCACUGUAGUGCAUAAACAUUCAACGGAUAAAGAAAAGAAAGAGCCGCAUGAUUCGACUGUUAUUUCUAAUGUUUCAAGGACACCGAAAAUUGAAACCGAGUUGAUGGGUACUUUUAAACAAUUUGUUUCUGGGGAAAGAGAACGGCUUCAAGCAAGAAAGCAGGCUUUGAUUAAAAAAGAAAAGGAUGUAAAAUUACAAGAGCUUUUAAAAUUUAGUCAGAACUUCAAAUUAAAUACACCUGUCCCUUCUGAUCUUAUGCCAAUACUUGCUAAAGAUAAAACAAAACAUGAUGAACCAUCAAAGUCAGUACGUAAGUCCCCAGGGUUGUCUAAAUCUGUGCCUAGUCAGUCCGUGGAAUCUACUCAACAUGUACAAAUGACAUCUAACAUAUCUCAACAAAACUCUGAUUCUUUGCAUCGUACUCAAAAUGCGGAAAAAAACCCUCAAAAAUUGAAUAUUAAGCUCAACGUAAAGGCAUCAAUUUUUAAACCGAAUUCCACAACUAAUUCUUAUACACAAUAUCCUCAAAAUCCUCAAAAGAUAGAGGCGCUUCCUUUGGAUACAUCUACAUUUCAAUUGCCACAACCAGUAAAGGCGACAGGCCCUCAAGACUUUUUUAACAAUAAGAAGCCUGAGUCUAUAGAGCGGGAAUCCAUUUUAGAAAAAUUUAAUCCUUUUAAAAGAUAUCGGCUAGAACAUCCUGAUAAUAAGCAUUCCUCGGAAAAGCCUUAUUCUUUUCUUCCAACGUGGCCAUGUGGUGAAAAGUCAUAUAAAGAAAUGCUUCAUACGUUAUUACAAUCUACAAAUCUUCUAAGACCUGGACAAAUAUUAUGUGAUUCUAAUGAAGAUUAUCGAAUUCCAUAUAUCGAUCCUAAUUCAUUAAAUUUUGUUACAGUACCGUAUGGUCCUAUGCCAUUUUAUGUACCCCAGCAGCAGGAUGCUGUUUAUGGUGGGCUUUAUAAUGCUUACAGGAAUUACACUUCGAACCAAAUGAUUCAACCGGCUUAUUCUACACCAGGGCAUCUCGUAAAAUUACUUUAUAUGACUCCACAUGUUAUGCAGAAUAUGGCAUAUCAUCCACAACACGGUAUAUAUAUGCCACCACAACUAAUGAAUCCGCAAAAUUAUAAUUCACAAACUGGCCAGGCUGCAUUUGGUUAUCCAGGUCCUCGGAAUGCACCUAUGAUGCUACAGUUUCAUCCAGGAGUCCAAGGGCAAGUUGGUUUGCAACAAGCAGUUAUGAUGGCUGUGCCAACAGGAAUAAAUAAAACAAUGCAGGGGAAUGUCUAUGGGUAUACUGGAUAG